UCCAAAGCUAGACUGAGCCUCCAAAUCCCUCAGUGCUCAAAUAUUUAUUUAUUUUUGUUUGGUUUUUGAAGGGGGAGGGGGAAUUGGCCUAUGCCAAAUCGAAAAUAAAUAUCAUAUGACAACAUGACAAUCAAAGAAAAUUACCAUACCAGAAAAUCCAUGAAAUACUUUAGUAGCUUGACGUGCUCUCCCAAAACAGAAAUUGGUUGAUGGUUGGCGUAUUCCAGGUAAACCACUCUUUUCUCCUAAACUAGCUAGGCUAAAUGUACACUCGGAAUUCUAUGCACGGCCUUCUUUUCAAAUGGUUUUGUUUUGGUCCCUAGCAAGAAUCCGAGUUUGGACUGUAGGAUACACACAAUGUUGCAGGAAAUAUGGAAAGCGUUUUCAUGCGAAGCGUAAUGAAAGAUAUUCGAGCGAAACUGCGAUAAUCGCCGAGUCUUCAUUUGGUUAGAUCCGGUCAUAGGAUUCCUAUAUGAUUAUAUUACAAACGUUUUAAAUUCUAUACAUCAAAGUAACAAUUAUUUGAUGCUAUACUAUCGAGUAACUUCUGACUGGUUCAAAUCAAAACCUCAACCACCGUGUCGAAACUUGGUAAUAUCCCGGAAGCGUACACAUGUUAGUCAUCUUGGAUUUUAUGAUAUCCCCCCGCUUGUCACUGGACGUCACGUGACUUUGUACAGUAGACGCUUCGUGUACUUUACUGAUGUUACCUUUCUGCAGGGCUAUCCCAUCCGCUACACUAUUUAAAUCUAGCAAGGUUAUUCUUAGAAAAAGAUGACAAUUAAACGUAGCCUCAAAGUGAGAAAAUGUAACCCCUUCUCUAAUAAUGUGCGUGUAGGGACCUCUAGUGGUUAAUACGUGACAAUACACCAGAGCACUGUGAGCAAACAAACUAUUUUAUGAUUAGGGAUACAUGUAGCCUAAUUUUUUAUUUUUUUAUACAAUUUAACAAUGAAUACGAGGAUGACCUUUUUCAAACAUCAAAUAUGGGCCGACAUGGCACAGAGUAAAUACCUUUUUCAAACAUCAAAUAUGGGCUAACAGCACAGGUAACAGAUUUUUAAAAACAAUGUUAAACUUCAAGAUCUUAUAUGUUGCAUGAUCACAGUCAUGGUAUAAUUUGAGGUUUUAAAUAUUAUUGGUCUACUUGAAUGAUAUAACAAAUAUGGGAACAUUGAUUAUUUAAACAAAACAAAAACAUAUCCUGGCUAUAGAGGCUCCACCAGAUGCAUUGCAAAUGCUUUAAUCCUUUGAAAAUUGUGUAACAGACAGACUCCAGUGGCUUGAAGCUCUGCAUGCAGCAUGAACAAAAAUAUUACUAUAACAUCGUUAUAACGAUAUGGUCUGUUCGUAAAAAUAUGACAUCAUUGUAACAAUAUGGAAACUUGACCAAACGUAUUGCUCGCUGCUGUGUUGCCUGCUGAAUGCAUAUCUCAGUGGUUAAUGUAGCCUAGAACUAGCUCCACCCUCGAUUUUUCAGGAUUCUUUCGUCUGCGGACUAGUCCUGUUACGAGCCUUUAGCAUCUGGAAUAGGACUUUCUCCGUUGUACCUUUUCAUGAAGAAAAAGAAGACAUUGUUCUUUGACUUUCACGCAUGCGAUUAGACUACAGAGAAUACAAGCGCAUGUUUUACAACUUGAAAUGUAUUUUCGGACGAUAUUCUACAGCCCAAUUGCAAAGGACUAAAACUAAAAAAGAGUUUGGUGCUGAAUACAAAGUGAUACGGUGGUCCGAUGGCUCGCUCGCAUGACUAAUUAAUAGUCUAUCAGGACUCGGUCGCGCGCUCCCCUGUUGUUUGUGUUAUGAACUAUGGCGUUUAGGGCAAGAGCCUUGUACGACUUUAGUUCGGAAAAUCUAGGAGAGAUAUCGAUUACUGAGAACGAAGUUGUUACUUUAUACAGCGAACAAGACAUAGAGGGAUGGCUAGAGGGAACAAACAGCAGAGGGGAUACUGGUCUUUUUCCAGCCUCAUACGUGGAGAUUCUCAGAAAUGAAUCAUCUGACAUCUCGUCCAACAAUAAUGGCAUGUCGGCGGAUCAAGGUCAACCCGACUCCCCAUCAAGUGGAUAUGAUUCAUCAUACUAUUCCCAGUCCCACUCUCGUGCUGAGAACAUUAAAGAUCCGACCCACUCCGCUUAUCCUGUGCAAACUCCCCAGCGCCAUGGUUACCAGACCAGUCAAGGUAGUGAUGAUGACUGGGAUGAUGACUGGGAUGACAGCUCUACUGUGGCGGCUGAGCCUGGCACUAAACAUGACAAUGAUAGAACUAGUUCCACAGCAUACACAGUGACUACUUCGUUGCCUGGGAGACGUGACAGUGCCCAAGCCAAAAGUUCAGCAACAAUAGGUAAAAACCUCAACAGGUUCUCAACCUUUGUGAAAUCUGGCGGAGAGGCUUUUGUAUUGGGCGAGGCGGCUGCCUUUGUCAAAGAUGGGGACAAGAUCUGUGUUGUCAUGGGGCAGUAUGGGCCAGAGUGGGAGGAAGACCCAUACCCGUUUGCCUGCUCCAUCGAUGACCCCACCAAACAGACAAAAUUCAAAGGCAUGAAGAGUUACAUGUCAUACAGACUGACUCCGUCCCACACCCAGAGCCAGGUGAAUAGAAGAUACAAGCACUUUGACUGGCUCUACGCUCGACUUGUGGAACGCUUCCCUGUCAUCUCAGUCCCCCAUCUGCCUGAGAAACAGGCCACUGGGCGCUUUGAGCAGGACUUUGUCUCCAAACGCAGAAAAGGUUUGAUAUGGUGGAUGAACCACAUGACGAGCCACCCUGUCCUGGCUAGAUGUGACGUCUUCCAGCACUUCCUCACCUGCCCCAGCACAGACGAGAAGACGUGGAAGAUGGGCAAGAGAAAGGCAGAGAAGGAUGAGUUGACUGGCGCUAACUUCUUCCUAACCAUCUCCACCCCGGCUGUUCCACUGGACCUACAGGAGGUAGAGAACAAGGUCGAUGGGUUUAAAGCCUUUACCAAGAAGAUGGAUGACAACUGCCUAGUGGUGAAUGCCACCAUCAACGAGUUCGCUCGGAAGCAGAUCACCGGCUUUAAGAAAGAGUAUCAGAAAGUGGGUCAGUCUUUCAAACUGUUGGGCCAAGCCUUUGAGAUGGACCAGCAGUCCUAUUCUGUAGGACUGAACCGUGCCAUAGCAUUCACAGGAGAGGCCUACGAGGCUAUAGGAGACUACUUUGCUGAGCAGCCCAGACAGGAUUUGGACCCCAUAUCGGAUCUGCUGGACCUGUACAAGGGACACCUGGCCAACUAUCCUGAUAUCAUCCAUGUUCAGAAAGGUGCCCUUACCAAAGUGAAGGAGUGCCAGAAACAGGAAGGGGAGGGAUCAACCAUCAACGAGCGUUGUAACAUCAUUUCCUGCGCCACACUGGCUGAGAUCCAGCACUUCCACCGUACGCGCGUACGUGACUUCAAGAGCCAGAUGCAACACCACCUCCAGCAGCAGAUCAGCUUCUUCCAGAAGAUCACUGGGAAGCUAGAAGAGGCACUGCAGAAGUACGACGAGGAUAUCAUAUAAGGGCCUGGAGAGAUGAGCAUGGAUACAGAGGGAUGA